CAUCUGCCCUGUAUGCUGUGAAUGCACGACAAUGUCCUGGCCGAAACGACUCAUUCGUUGUAAUGGUGCUCUUACAUGGCUGCACUGUCUGUCUCCUCUGCAUCAUGAAGAGAUUACACGUCCUGGCGCUGCUGUCCUCAGCGGCGCUGCUUUGCAGCGCUGCUCCAGCUUUGGAGCCAGUAACAUGCAGUGAGGACGGUGGUGUUGCAGCAGCACGUCUGGCAAUGCAUCACAUCAACAAGCACCAUCACCACGGCUACAAGUUCCAACUCAGUGAGAUCCUGGGCAACAAAGUGGAAAAGGUUGAUGAAGACUGUAAUGUUGAGUUACAUUUGGACCUUCUGGAGACAGUGUGCCACACUGUCAACCCCAAACACUUUGAGGACUGUGAAGUCCGUGGAGAGGCUGACGGGGUGGUGAUGGCCAACUGCACUGUUACGAUGGCUGUAAAAACCGGCGUUGCCAAAGUCACCAAAUAUGAGUGUGACACGCAACAAGUAAAAAAUAACAGCGCAACGGUCACAAUCUGCCCCAACUGUCCCAUGCUGAUGCCACUCAACAGCCCUGCAGGUCUCAACUCUGUACAUGAAGCCGUGAAUAAAUUCAACCAGAACACCACCAUCCAUCACUACUACAUCCUGCAGGAAGUGGGACGGAUAAAAUCUGGGGACAUUAUGAAAGCAGGGAUGCGCUACUAUGCCGAGUUUGCCCUUGUGGAGACUCAUUGCCCAGUGGGAUCCAAAAUCAUCCUAGAAGCAUGCAAACCUCUUUGCCCUGACACAGCUCAUCAUGCUUUCUGCCGUUCAUCUUAUUUGAGUACAAACGGACUUGGGUCUGUUCAAUGUGAAUUCUAUCCCCCAUCGCAGACUGAUGCCCAUGGCCCUGGUGAUCAGGAGCCCAUAUGCAGGCACUCUCAUCCUGUGCACCCACCCCAUGUUCAUGGUCAAGGCCCUCCUCCCCAUGCUCAUGACCAUGGCCACCCUCCUCAUGCUGGCGGUGUAUUACCCCCUCCCCAUGCUCAUGGUCAAGGCCCUCCUCCCCAUGCUGGCGAUGGAGUAGCGCCUCCCCCUGCUCACGGUCUAGGCCUUCCUCCCCAUGCUGGCGGUGUAUUACCCCCUCCCCCUGCUCAUGGUCAAGGCCCUCCUUCCCAUGCUGGCUGUGGAGUACCCCCUCCCCACGCUCAUGAUCAUGGCCACCCUCCCCAUGCUCAUGAUCAUGGCCACCCUCCCCAUGCUGGCGGUGGAGUACCCCCACCCCAUGCUCAUGGUCAAGAACCCCCACAUGGCCACGGAAGAGUGCACCUGCUCCGACCCUGCCAUGGAUUACUGAAAAAUAUUGACCCAGCUCUCCACCCCAUUUGCCCCUGGCCUCCUCCUGAAUACCACCUCGACCCGAAACUGAGCCAGUCCUGAAACUGACCUGCCGUAUGCAGACCACAUGGCUCAGAAAGGCUUGAUUUUUAUCAGCUCAUACAUAGGGCUGCCUUUAUGUUCUCAAAGCAUCAUUUUCUAUGGAGUCUGGAGUGUAUGAUGGUGGUAAUUAUACACGUUUUCUGUGUUAAAUUAUAAUCAAUCAAUAAAUUGCUACAUCUAAACGAGAUACUAUAAACUGAAGCAUUUAAUUAGCAUUUAAAAAAACUAAAAAAAUCUGCUUUUAAAUGACUACUUACAAUGAGUAGUCAUAAUUGUAUUCAAUGGAAUUGCAAAAUUCAAAAAAAUUGUACUUAUUCCAUUUACUCAUGUGUGUCUCACAAUUUAGGGUUUUGUGCAUUAACGUGUAGUUUGUAUUUCAUGAUUGUUUUAGUAAAUACAGCUCUCUGUAAUUUUAAAAAGUUUUAGCAGUGUGCCACCUAAAUCCCAAACACAGAGCAGAGCAGGAGCAAGAGCCACGACUGGCCAUUGCUCCAUGGGUUUGCCAUUUCAUUUUGAGUUGUCACACUUUUAACACUUAGAUGACACUAGAAUAAAAAAGUAAACUUGAUCAAUGUUGAAUUUUUCCAUUUUUACACAUUUUUUAUAUUUGAUUGGGGCUUAAAGUGAGAUUAAAUAAAUUAAACCUAUAGAUACUUUGAAAUCAAUGUGAACACCAAUUAGGCAGGAAAGCUUUUUAUUAAAGACCACA